CUCAGCAGCCGUGAGGGGAUGGAUGGCGGCAGUGACCGCUGUCGUCCCGCCCUUUCCGUCUCCUCUCAGCAGCCGGGAGGGGAUGGAUGGCGCCGUGGCCGUUAGCGACCCCCGCUCGGGUCCCCUCAGACGCUUCCCGGUGACAGCGGUGGAUGAUAUCCUGAAGGACGUGCUUGGGAGCUACCUGAGGGAGCAGCAAUAUGAGCCGGCCCGGUGCAGGGACAUGGCAAAAGAUAUCGCUGAGGUCAUUAAAGCUCGGGUGAGAGACCUUAUGAUACCAAGGUGAAGACAACGGCCCUGACAAAGUCCCUCCCGCAGAGCUUCACGGGGUUUCCUUCAGCUCUCCCCUCACGUGCCGCAGCCAGGAGAGUGAGCAAGGCCAGCGCCAGCACAGAGGCCCUCAUUCUGCAGGUACUGUGCAGGCUGUCAGCAGGGCAGGAGGGAUCUGCAAGGCUGAGGUGGGGAGUUCUGCUG